UGUAUAAGUAGAUACAUGUUGAUAGAACUUUGUAUGAAGCCAAAUGUUCAGUCAAUGUAUUUUUCUUUGUUUUCUUUGCUUCAAGAACUGUCAAAGGUUCAGGACAAUGAAGUUGGAGAUGGUACAACAAGUGUGACAGUUUUAGCUUGUGAAUUACUCAGGGAGGCUGAAAAGCUUGUGUCAUGCAAGGUACAUCCCCAGAUUAUUGUGUCAGGAUGGCGGAAGUCCGUGCAUGUUGCUCAACAAGCUCUGGAGGCUGCAGCAGUUGAUCACAGUAGUGAUGAGCAGAAGUUUAAGGAAGACUUGAUGAACAUCGCCAGGACAACACUCAGUUCCAAAAUAUUGAUGCAGCAUAGAGAUCAUUUUGCAAAUCUUGCCGUUGAAGCAGUGUUAAGGCUCAAGGGCAGUGGAAACUUGGAUGCUAUUCAGAUUAUCAAGAAACUAGGUGGAAAUCUUGUUAACUCAUACCUGGAUGAAGGAUUCUUACUGGAUAAGAAGAUUGGUGUAAAUCAACCAAAAAAGAUAGAAAAUGCCAAGAUUCUAAUUGCUAACACAGGGAUGGACACAGAUAAAAUCAAGGUAUUUGGUUCCAGAGUUCGAGUGGAGUCUACUGCAAAGAUAGCAGAAUUAGAGCUUGCAGAAAAGCAAAAGAUGAAAGAAAAAGUGGAAAUGAUACUUAAACACAAUAUCAAUUGUUUUAUUAAUAGACAACUCAUCUAUAAUUACCCAGAGCAGUUGUUUGCUGAUGCUGGUGUUAUGGCCAUUGAACACGCUGACUUUGAAGGUGUUGAAAGAUUAGCUUUGGUUCUAGGUGGAGAAAUUGUAUCAACAUUUGGCCGGCCUGAGCUUGUGAGACUUGGCGAGUGUAAAUUGAUUGAGGAAGUUAUGAUCGGUGAGGACAAGUUGUUGCAUUUUUCUGGCUGCAAACUUAAUGAGGCAUGCACCAUUGUAAUCAGGGGAGCCACACAGCAGAUCCUUGAUGAAGCUGACCGUUCACUUCAUGAUGCACUGUGUGUGCUCACACAGACAGUCAAGGAAACAAGAACAGUGUGUGGUGGAGGUGCUUCAGAAAUGUUGAUGGCCAAUGCAGUAUCGCAGCUUGCUGCUAAGACACCGGGGAAAGAAGCUGCAGCUAUGGAGGCCUUUGCAGCUGCCCUGAGACAGCUACCCACCAUCAUUGCAGAUAAUGCAGGUUACGACAGCGCUGAUUUGGUCGCUAAACUUCGAGCUGCUCAUACGGAAGGAAAGAAAACCUAUGGACUGGACAUGACUCACGGCCGUAUCGGAGACAUGGUUGAGAUGGGCGUGACCGAGUCGUACCAGGUCAAGAAACAAGUCCUAACAUCAGCGGCUGAGGCAGCGGAGAUGAUUGUAAGAGUCGAUAACAUCGUGAAGGCUGCUCCACGGCCCAGGCGAGAUGACCAUCCUCACCCAUAGAGAUCAAGAUGUAGCGGAGUGGAGUUUUCUGAAACUACAGCAUGCAGGCUAAAUUAUCUCUCUUGUGCAGACAAAUUAUUUGCGUUGCAAUUCCGUUUUGUAGGGAAAACAAAGCAAAUUGGAAGCACAGAAAGUUCCCUUCACUCUGGUCUUUCGUAAAAAGAGCAGCUGUAGUAUUUCCGAAUCAUUACUCGGAGUGAGUCACAGCUGUAAAGACUGAGAGAGAACAUUUUUAUUAGACUAGUUUCCUUGUGUGAAAGGUUUGCACGAGCUUUGCAUUAUAAUCAACUCACUGCCGACCAGAAUGCUUCAUGGCUGUCACUUGAGAUCACAUCACGGACUGUAGUGAAAAAAUAAAGCUCUAAUCAAAUCAA